GGCUGCGGCGGGGCGGAGCUCGCGGAGGAAGUCGGCGGCCGUCUCGGGCUACUGGUCCCGGCCAGAGGAGGAGCUCGCUGCUGGGGGACGCUAGGCUGGGCGGCCGGCGGCGCGAGCCCGGCGGUGGCGGCGGGGCCCGGGUCCGGAGCGCCACAUGAGACGGUUUAAGCGGAAGCAUCUUACCGCCAUCGACUGCCAGCAUUUGGCUCAGAGUCACUUGGCUGUGACCCAGCCCUUCGGUCAAAGAUGGACAAACAGAGAUCCGAACCAUGGUCUCUAUCCUAAACCCAGAACAAAAAGAGGGAGUAGGGGUCAAGGAUGUCAAAGAUGCAUCCCUGAGUUCUUCCUAGCAGGCAAGCAGCCGUGCACCAAUGACAUGGCCAGAAGCAAUUCUGUUGGCCAGGACAGCUGUCAGGACUCUGAGGGUGACAUGAUCUUUCCUGCAGAGAACAGCUGUGCACUGCCUCAGGAAGGCAGUGGAGAAGCAUGGCUGGGUGCUUCAGGGUCUGCCCCGCCCUCCAGGAAGCGGGCUCGGUCCUUUGAGGAAGAGAGUAACCAGGCUACGGGGACCAGCCGGUGGGAUGGAGUUUCUAAGAAAACCCCGAGGCAUCAUUUGUCCGUGCCAUGCAAAAGGCCUAGGGAGGCCAGGCGAGAAGCAGAGGACAGUACGUCUCGGCUCUCUCCAGAGUCUGGAGAAACUGACCAAGAUGCUGGGGACCUGGGUCCUGAUCCCAUUCCUGACUCAUACUAUGGACUUCUUGGGACCUUGCCCUGCCAGGAAGCGCCGAGCCACAUUUGCAGCCUGCCUAGUGAGGUCCUGAGGCACGUGUUUGCCUUCCUCCCAGUGGAAGACCUCUACUGGAACCUGAGCUUGGUGUGCCACCUGUGGAGGGAGAUUAUCAGUGACCCACUGUUCAUUCCUUGGAAGAAGCUGUAUCAUCGAUACCUGAUGAAUGAAGAGCAAGCCGUCAGCAAAGUGGAUGGCAUCCUGUCUAACUGUGGCAUAGAAAAGGAAUCAGACUUGUGUGUGCUGAACCUCAUACGAUACGCAGCCACCACUAAGUGCUCCCCGAGUGUGGAUCCCGAGAGGGUGCUGUGGAGUCUGAGGGACCACCCCCUCCUCCCCGAGGCCAGGGCAUGCAUGCGGCAACACCUCCCUGACCUCUACACCGCUGCCGGGGGUGUCAAUGUCUGGGCUCUGGUGUCGGCCGUGGUGCUCCUCUCUAGCAGCGUGAAUGACAUCCAGCGGCUGCUCUUCUGCCUCCGGAGACCCAGCUCCACAGUGACCGUGCCAGACGUCACCGAGACCCUGUACUGCAUAGCCGUGCUUCUCUACGCCAUGAGGGAGAAGGGGAUUAACAUCAGCAAUAGGAUUCACUACAACAUUUUCUAUUGCCUAUAUCUUCAGGAGAAUUCCUGCACUCAGGCUACAGAAGUUAAAGAGGAGCCAUCUGUCUGGCCAGGAAAGAAAACCAUCCAGCUUACACAUGAGCAACAGCUGAUUCUGAAUCAUAAGAUGGAACCUCUCCAGGUGGUAAAAAUUAUGGCCUUUGCAGGCACUGGGAAGACCUCAACCCUGGUCAAGUAUGCAGAGAAGUGGUCUCAGAGCAGGUUUCUGUACGUGACGUUCAACAAGAGCAUUGCAAAGCAGGCUGAACGCGUCUUCCCCAGCAACGUCAUCUGCAAAACCUUCCAUUCCAUGGCCUAUGGGCACAUAGGGCGGAAGUACCAGUCGAAGAAGAAGUUGAAUCUGUUCAAGUUAACACCCUUCAUGGUCAACUCCGUCCUUGCCGAAGGGAAAGGUGGAUUCAUAAGAGCCAAGCUCGUGUGUAAGACUCUAGAAAACUUCUUUGCCUCGGCUGAUGAAGAGCUGACUAUUGAUCACGUGCCUAUCUGGUGUAAGAACAGCCAAGGACAGAGAGUCAUGGUUGAGCAGAGUGAAAAACUGAAUGGUGUCCUUGAAGCAAGCCGCCUCUGGGAUAACAUGCGAAAGCUGGGCGAGUGCACAGAAGAGGCGUACCAGAUGACUCAUGAUGGCUACUUGAAACUCUGGCAGCUGAGCAAGCCGUUGCUGGCCUCUUUUGACGCCAUCUUUGUGGAUGAGGCCCAGGACUGCACACCAGCUAUUAUGAACAUAGUUCUGUCUCAGCCAUGUGGGAAAAUCUUUGUAGGGGACCCGCAUCAGCAGAUCUAUACCUUCCGGGGUGCGGUCAACGCCCUGUUCACAGUGCCCCACACCCACGUCUUCUAUCUCACUCAGAGUUUUCGGUUUGGUGUGGAAAUAGCUUAUGUGGGAGCUACUAUCUUGGAUGUUUGCAAGAGGGUCAGGAAAAAGACUUUGGUUGGAGGAAACCAUCAGAGUGGUAUUAGAGGUGAUGUAAAGGGGCAAGUGGCCUUGUUGUCCCGGACCAAUGCCAACGUGUUUGAUGAGGCCGUACGGGUGACGGAAGGGGAAGUCCCUUCGAGGAUACAUUUGAUUGGGGGGAUUAAAUCAUUUGGAUUGGACAGAAUCAUUGAUAUUUGGAUCCUUCUUCAGCCAGAGGAAGAACGGAGGAAACAAAACCUCGUCAUUAAAGACAGAUUUAUCAGAAGAUGGGUGCACAAAGAAGGCUUUAGUGGCUUCAAGAGGUACGUGACCGCUGCCGAGGACAAGGAGCUUGAAGCCAAGAUUGCAGUAGUUGAAAAGUAUAACAUCAGGAUUCCAGAGCUGGUGCAAAGGAUAGAAAAAUGCCAUAUAGAAGAUUUGGAUUUUGCAGAGUACAUUCUGGGCACUGUGCACAAAGCCAAAGGCCUGGAAUUUGACACUGUGCAUGUUUUGGAUGAUUUUGUGAAAGUGCCUUGUGCCCGGCAUAACCUGGCCCAGCUCCCCCACUUCAGAGUCGAGUCAUUUUCUGAGGAUGAAUGGAAUUUGCUGUAUGUUGCAGUAACUCGUGCCAAGAAGCGUCUCAUCAUGACCAAAUCAUUGGAAAACAUUUUGACUUUGGCUGGGGAGUACUUCUUGCAAGCCGAGCUGACAAGCAAUGUCUUAAAAACAGGCGUGGUGCGCUGCUGCGUGGGACAGUGCAACAAUGCCAUCCCUGUUGACACCGUCCUUACCAUGAAGAAGCUGCCCAUAACCUAUAGCAACAGGAAAGAAAACAAAGGGGGCUACCUCUGCCACUCCUGCGCGGAGCAGCGCAUCGGGCCCCUGGCAUUCCUGACAGCCUCCCCGGAGCAGGUGCGCGCCAUGGAGCGCACCGUGGAGAACAUUGUGCUGCCGCGGCAUGAGGCCCUGCUCUUCCUCGUCUUCUGAGGCCAAGGUGCACUCUCUGCAGUGCAGAGCAGCUUGCCGAGGACCCCAAGCCGAAGAAAGCCAGCAAGGGGGCUCCCGCUCCCAGAGACUCUGGGUUCACCCACAGCACUUUCUGAGGAAGAGGAAACCAGCCCAGGCUGGACCUGCCAUUUCUCCACUCCCUGCAGACAGCUAGUCUCCGCUUGCCUCCCCUCCGCACACAUCCGGUCGGGCAAGUGGGGGAUGUUCUUUUGAUAAAAAAACAUUUUAUGUAUUUAAACUUUUAUUACAAGAUUUCAAUUAAACAGGUACCAUAGCACU